AUGGCAUAUUCCAUUGACAUUGUCACACUAAGCAACAGUGUUCUCUCCAUGCAGCCGCAGAAGUGGGAUCAGCAGUAUGUGCUCCUGGAUUCUGGGCAAGCCAGUGUCAAUGCAGAAGGUGACCCAAGUAAUUCUGAAACACAGACAGAGUUCACCCCCUGCUCCAGCUCCCCUGGGCCGUGCACCCCAAUCCCUACCAGCGUCCCAUCGCCUUCGGGCUCAAAGUCAGGGGCCGCUGCCCCUUUCAGACCACUGUUUAACGACUUCGGGCCGCCUUCCAUGGGCUUUGUGCGGGAGAUGAAGUCACCAGCGCCCAGGACUCCCAGAAUACCCUACAAGGACCUGCUGUCGGUCAUAGAGGAGAUGAGCAAAGAGAUCCGGCCCACCUAUGCUGGCAGCAAGAGCACCAUGAAGGGCCUGAAGAGAGAUAUCAUCCAUGCCCGGGCCCUAGUCGGAGAGUGCCUGGCAGAGACGGAGUGGAGCGUCCGCACGAAACAGGAAGCCCCUCAGCCUCAGGGUCUGGACCUUUCCUGGCCAUUGCAGAGCACCCGCUUCUCCCUGGCCUUCAUCCCGAGCUGCACUAGCCAUCCUGGACUUCCUGUCCUGUGUCCCUUGGUGGGUGCCCUCCAGGAACCAAGGUGCGGCUCUCACUCGAGGUGGCAGCACUAA